CCUCCUGUGAGCUGUGGAUGUCCAAAUGCUACCAGGUCGUGAUCUUAUCCUGCCGGGAGGUAAACAUAAAAUGCAGUUUAGACUUUAUAGUUGUGUGUAGUUUUACCUAGGCUUAUAAGUUUAUCGUCAUCGUGCGUGUUUUUGUUGAUCAUUUGUGCGAUCAACGAACUUUGCUUUCAGUUGUGAGCCGUUUUUCGUAAACAUGGCUCCAACGAUUCAGACACAAGCUCAACGAGAAGACGGCCACAGUCGACCGUCCUCACAUCGAACUGUUCCAGAGAGGUCGGGGGUGGUCUGUCGAGUGAAGUACUGCAACAGCCUGCCUGACAUCCCUUUUGACCCCAAAUUCAUCACAUAUCCAUUCGAUCAGCACAGGUUCGUACAGUAUAAAGCCACUUCUCUAGAGAAGCAACACAAGCAUGAGCUCCUAACUGAGCCGGACCUCGGGGUCACCAUUGACCUCAUCAACCCCGACACCUACCGCAUAGACCCAAAUAUACUGUUGGAUCCCGCUGAUGAAAAACUGUUGGAAGAGGACAUCCAGGCUCCAUCCAGCUCAAAGAGGUCACAGCAGCACGCCAAAGUGGUCCCGUGGAUGAGAAAGACAGAAUAUAUUUCUACAGAGUUUAACAGAUACGGUGUAUCCAAUGAGAAAGUGGAGGUCAAGAUCGGUGUGUCUGUCAAACAGCAGUUUACAGAAGAAGAAAUCUACAAGGACAGAGACAGCCAGAUCUCUGCUAUUGAGAAGACGUUUGAGGAUGCACAGAAGUCGAUUACGCAGCACUACAGUAAACCCAGAGUUACUCCUGUGGAGGUACUGCCUGUGUUCCCUGACUUCAAGAUGUGGAUCAACCCAUGCGCUCAGGUCAUCUUCGACUCUGAUCCUGCACCUAAAGACUUCUCAGGACCUGCCGGAGUGGAGAUGAUGUCUCAGGCCAUGAUCAGAGGUAUGAUGGAUGAGGAAGGAAAUCAGUUUGUGGCCUACUUCUUGCCACAUGAAGAAACACUUCGCAAGCGCAAGAGAGACUGCGAUGAAGGGAUGGAUUACAUGCCGGAAGAUCUGUAUGACUACAAGAUCGCAAGAGAGUACAACUGGAACGUCAAGAACAAAGCCAGCAAGGGUUACGAGGAGAACUACUUCUUUAUCUUUAGAGAUGGAGAUGGUGUUUACUACAAUGAGCUUGAGACAAGGGUGCGUCUCAGCAAGAGGAGAGCCAAGGCCGGAGCACAGUCGACCACAAACGCUGUGCUGGUGUGUAAGCACAGAGAUAUGAACGAGAAGGAACUUGAAGCCCAGGAAGCCCGUAAAGCGCAGCUGGAGAACCAUGAGCCAGAGGAUGAAGAGGAGGACAUGGACCUGGAUAAGGACUUGCAGGACUCUGGUGAUGACAAGGAGAAGGGCAGCGGCAGCGAGGCAGAGAACUCCGGUAGUGAAUCCGAGAGAGAAGAUGAAGAGCGGGAACAAAGGCCAGAAGAAGACGACGACGACGAUGAGGUCGGAGAGAAGCGGAGGAGGAAGCCGAGUGGCAGUGGAAGUGAGAGCGGUGAGGACAGGACCAGAGAGCUGCGAGACGAGGAAGAGAUUUUCGGAAGCGACGACGACAGCGACGACGACAACGAGGCCAAGAACUCAGGCCGGAGCAGCGGGGAGGACGGCAGCGGGAGCGAGGAUGAAGGAGGGAACAGAGGGGGCAGCAGGAGUCGCAGCGCCUCUCCAGCACGCAGUGACCGCAGCAGUGAGCACUCGGAGAGAGCUCAGAGUGGGAGUGGAAGCGAGAGAGGCUCAGAUUCCAGUGAUGCCAGUGAUAGUGAAUAAGAACUGUGGUCUGGACAGCCAGGCGAUGGCGACCUGUCUUAUCUGUGUGUUCAGCUCCAAAUGCGGCAGUGUUACCCUGUCGCUGAGCCUGAUCUUAGCUCAGUCUGGGGCUGUAGUGUCUUGAUGAUUACAAAUAUCAAAUGAAAUGUUUGUGUGCGAGAUGCUCAUUGGUUUUGGACUGUGGACAUCUCUCCUCAAUCCAGUUUUUAGCUGUAGAUUUAAAUUGCAAACCAGUAGCUAUUUGUACACCAUUCCUCUGUUUUUGUCUGUCAAAUAUUCAGUAAAGGAUCAUGUAAAAAUGUCUUUACUCUUUCAGCCUGUUGAUGAGGAUGUCAUGUGUUACAGCUUUGAAAUGGAUAAUAAAUUCAGGUGACAUUUUGUAAGAAA